UCUCAAUUGUAAAUACCAAAUAUCCUCUCUAUCUCUCAGUCCAAUGUGGGCCAAAACUAUAUGCAUUUGUGUCAUAUUAUUCAUUCCAAUCAUAUGGUCUCUAAUUGUGAUACUAAUCACCCUAUCUUAUGUAGGUGUGAAGCCAAGAUUCUACAUUCAAGAACUCUACAUUCCAUCCCUCAACACUUCAAAUUCUCUCACACACAAUUUUUCAAACCCCAACACUUCCAUCUUCAUCGACCUCAAAUUCAAGAGAGACAUCGCCUACGUUGAAAUCCGCUACGAAGACAUCAACAUCACUCUCUUCUACGGCCCCAACCAUACUACCUCCGUAGGCAGCGCUCUCGUUGCCGGAUUCAAGCAGGGUAGGAAGAAGGUGGCACGCCGCAGGGCGGUGGUGGAAGCUCGGGGCUUUCCGUGGGAGGAGGCCUUUGAGAGGGUUUCGGGCGGGUCGAAAGUGGAGGUGGCGGUGGAGGUGGCUACCGGAUAUAGGCUUCGGCGGUGCAACGAGGAUGAUUGCUAUUAUACGAAGGCGAAGGCGGUGGUGGUGGCGGCGGAUUUGGUGGUGGAUGGCUCCGGUUUGGAGGUUUCUAAGAAGCCUACAAGACUUAAGAAAGUAGUAUUGGUUUGAAUAAUUAAUUAAUUAAUUAACACAUUUUUAUUUCUACAAAUGUUUCAAAGUGUAAUAGUGAAUGGUUUCUCAAUUAAGUUGAUGAAUAAAUGGAGAAAUGGCAUUUUAUAA